AUGCCAGACGUAGCACUCAUCCCCUCCGGCACAGGAGAGAUAAUCGACCUGGGAGCCAUGCAAAUCCGGGUUCUGGAAGACGGCAGCAAAACAGACAACCGUUUCGGAUCCAUCCUGCUCACUAUCCCUCCUAAGACCGAUGGACCACCCCUACACUGGCACCGCAUGCACGAUGAGACAUUCUUCAUAACCAAAGGCCGCGUACGUUUUGUCACCGACAAAGGCAAUCAUGACACCAAAGCCGGGGACUAUGUCGUGGUUCCAAUUAAAGCCAUUCAUAGCUUCUCCAACCCCUUCGACGAGCCGGCUGAGUUCUUUAAUACAUUUACGCCAGCGUUCUAUGUUGAUUAUUUGAGGCUCCUGGCACAGGGAAUUGCGCAGAAAGGGAAGCUGGAUGAGGAACAGCACAGGGCGAUUAUGUUGCAGUUUGCGACAUUUGCUCCCGGGGAUGAUGGCUACUUGGAAUGA